AUGGUGAAAUUUUACUCGACCACCUACGAUUACGACUACGGCUUCUCCGCCGUCACACUCGCCUACUUCCUGCGGUAUCCCAACCCAUACAGCCGCCAUGUCGCAUCGACCGACACCAUCUCUCGACAUUUCGACCCGGAAACACAACGCUUGACGACCGUACGACUGCACGUAAAGCGCUCUCGAAUCCCUGCUCCGGUGCUCAAACUUCUGCCAAAAGCCACUCUAGGCGCCAACGAGGACGGCAGCACGCAGAGCUUUAUCCUAGAGAAGAGCGUGGUGGACGUCCAGCAGGGAUGGAUGCACACGGACAGCCGCAAUCUGGAUUGGAAUAAUGUUCUCUCCGUCAUCGAGCGACAGACGUAUCGCAGGCCCACUGCGGGUGUCGGAGCAAACGAGGAGCAGCGAACAGACGUGGACGUGAGCGUGACUCUCAAGAGCCGGAUCGGAGAGCAAAUUCGAAAGCGCAGGCAGCGAUGGGGACAGCAGGCCACAGCGACAUCGGUCAUGGGAAACCCGGAGAAAGAGAUAGUUGAAGACGAACCCGUUCAGCCCGGCUGGUUCAACUCCUGGACUUCUGGAGCCAUUCGAUCCGCCGUCGAGACCAUCAGUCUGCAGCGUACUGAGAAGAGCCAGCCGAAGGCUCAGAAGGGCAUGUCCGUUGUGCUAGCUCGCCUGCGCAAUGGAGGGCUCGAAGGUGUACUGGAGGGAAUGCGUGCCGACAGAGAGGUGCAAGUCUAGGAUGGUGGUAUGCAACAAGGGGCCCCGGCGGAGAGGAUAACGAAAGAGCGUGGCGUUGAGAUUUCUUUUAGCGUGGAGUUGGCAGGUUUGUUUUGAUUGAAGGUCCACACCUUCAUUUUUGAUCUGUUCGAGUAUGGGAAUCGAAGAAUGGACCUGUAAGAUGGGAAGGAUGUACGUGUAGUGUAGCUUUCACAGAGGCCCCAAGCCUACGACAGGAUGACCUCUCCUCUUGAUAUAACAACACUUCUAUCG